UCCUGGGGUCUCUUGGAGAAGGAGGAUGAUGGAGCCUCCCUUGGGGGGCUGCUGUGGCAGUUGUCUGAGGCGCCUGGGGCCCAGCCGAUGGCAGAUGACACUGUUAUUAUAUUCAUUGUCACCUGUCACAUAUCAUGUGACCGUCACCUUCAUUAGUGGGCACAAUACUCUCACACCUCCGACAUGGGCAGGCUACCACAGCCUGUAUCAGGAGCCUGGCAGUCCCGUGGGCUCCACAGAAAGCCAGGGCCCCCACCCCGGCAGACAGCGCCAUCCCUGGCCUCCUCACAGGCCUGUCGUGCCCAGCAUGACCACCCCACAGGGAUGGGGCUCUCACCACCACCCUCCCUGGGAGAAAGUGACCAUGCCCUUGGUAUGCAGAGCCAGCCAGCAAUCACCCUGGCCCUUCCUGCUCACCACCGGCGAGGAGCCGUGGUUUGGGAGGCCGGUGUGGCUUGGAGAAGCUUUGUCAUAUGUGAACCUGGAGCCUCCCCACCCCCACCGGCCUGCAGGCUGUGCUGUCCCUCCCACCAGGCCCAAGCCCCAAGGUCGGGCCAAAGCACCCACUUGGCUGCCCCUUCAGACCCCACGCAUGUGCCUGGCCCUGCAGCCUGUUUCCUGCCCCAGAGCUGGGAGGGCAGGGUCCCCAGCCUCAAUCUCCCUGCACCCUCCACUAGCCCGCAACCCCUCCCACUGCGCACAGCCCCCUGCACUGGAGGCCUGAGGCCGGGGUUCCAGCCCUGUGACCUCAGGCAGGCCCCCAGCCUCUCUGACCUCGGGCUUCCAGCUGCCAUCUGCCCCCUCGAUCUCGCGCACCCUGUGCCCGCUCACUGGUGCCCUCUGCUCCUCCCUAACCCCACCCCAGGUUUGGGGAGGCCAGGAGCUGCAAAGGGUCAGUUUGCCCAGCCGGGUGUGGACUCACCAAGUGCCUGCGAGCCCCUGGGAGCUGCCCAUGCCAGGCUGGAGUGCCAGGGAGGGGCGGGGACAGCUGCAGACCCAAGAUGUAAACAGGCGUGCAGGUAUAAAAGCUGAAGCCCCGGGGCCUCUCCGCAGCCCAGCCUGACCUGCCUUCCAGAGCUCCCAAAAGAAACCCGGCAGAGGGCCAGGAUGGAUGAGGAUUUCUCCUCUCAGAUGAAGAAGAUGGCCUUGGCCAUGGGCACAUCCCUGUCAGACAAGGACAUUGAAAUGCUACCCAUGGACAUGAGACACCACGGGUCCUUCAACUACCUCAAGUUCUUCGAGCACAUGCGCAAGUUCCACGCCCUGGAGCAGCUGGACGACGCCAUCCGCAAGGCCUUCCAGGUCCUGGACAAGGAUAAGAGCGGCUUCAUCGAGUGGAACGAGAUCAAGUACAUCCUGUCCAUCAUCCCCAGCAGUGGGCCCACAGCCCCGCUGACGGACGAGGAGGCCGAGGCCAUGAUCCAGGCGGCGGACACAGAUGGGGACGGAAGGAUCAACUACGAAGAAUUUUCUGAAUUGAUCAAAAAGGAGAAAAUUCCAAAGAAGAAGUAGCACCAUGACCAGCCCUGGCCAGCCGAGGGGCUCCUAUGGGGUAACUUGGGGGGACCGCGUGCCUGGGCAGAAGUCGCUGGGGCCUGUGGGAGGAGGCCGCCGUGAGGGUGGACUCAACUCUUGCCAGAAAAUGGAAGAAAAGCUGCAUUAAGUGAAUGACGCAGCCUCGUGUGUCUGUUGGGGGUGCUGGUGUGAACGGGGGUGGGGGCAGGAUCAGGGCCAUGGGUGACGACAGCUGGGGGCAGGGCGGGCAGGUGAGGGGUAGGAGGAAGACGGCCUUCUCCCAUCCCUGAGCCCCACCUGGCUGUGGGCACCCCCGAGGGCGGCCUUGCCGCGAGGUCCCAUCCAGGUGGGACUCCCGGUCAGCAGGUACAUGGUACUCUCUGGGCCCAGACCCCUGAAGGGCCCCCUCCCAAUCUGCAGUGGGCCUGGCCUGGGGCCACUCGGGGCCACACACCCCCACUUCACACAGCAGCUGCCUGAAUGUGGUACGGGGACACCUGCAGCCCCCGGGUGCCCCUAGUUCUAGGCAGAAGCAC